AUGUAUGUCUUUUCUUCUUUUUACACUGUACAAAUCCAGCAGCAGGUCGAGAGAGAUGCUGCCAUUGCACGAUUAGAACAAAGUCGGAUAAUUCUUGCAUUGAGAUUGGUUGAGCAUCAUGGAAAGAAGUACAAAGUAAUUGAUGAAGCUCUAGCUUUUGUGGGAGAUGUACACGAUGCUAGCCAUUAUGUCUCACCCGAAAACCUUUACCGUACGCCAAACAGUCCAUUUGGACAGAAUCUAGUAUCACACAAAGGGAAGUACUCUGAUAAGCUAAUCAAAGUUCUGGUUUCUAGCUUCAACUAUGCAAAGAAAUCCCUGAAUUUUGACCAUAUGGGUGGGAUACUAAGCAAUGUAGCUAUAUUCGCAAUCAGCAUGGUAGCAAUGAUGCAUCUCCAACAGCUUACUCUUUCAGAACAUUCAGGGAGACAAGAAGAUAACAUCAACCAGAGAAACCCGAGAAAGAAUUCUCAACUUGAAGGGUCAAUGCUAUUUUGCAUACCAAGAGCAUCAUUUUGCCUCUUUGUCAAUAGGUCAGAAGCACUAUCGGUAUCACCAAUCCAAUUGCUUCUUCGUUCAUUUGACAAUUUAUAA